AUGCCCCGACUCUACAUUAUUGUGCAAUGCUUUGUCCCCUCCGCGCCCCGAAUACCACCUUUGGGUGCCUCACCUGGGUCCAGCCUCGGGCACACAGGACAAGCGGAGGAUGGAUGCGGCCAUGCAGCGCUUUCCAGCAAGGCAGAGGAGGAAGAUCCAGACUCAGAAAACGAGAAGCUGGUGAUGAGAGAGCCAGAGGAUGAGGAUGCUGCAGAUGAGACAUUCUCUUUUAAAUACAGUCCUGGAAAGCUGAGGGGAAACCAGUACAAGUCAAUGAUGACCAAAGAAGAACUUGAGGAAGAACAAAGGGUUCAGAGAGAGCAGCUGGCUGCCAUCUUCAGGCUCAUGAAGGAAAAAAGUGACACAUUUGGAGAGAUGUCUGAACGAGACAUGAAGGAGCAGCUUAGGCUGUAUGAUAUAUAACCUUGCAGCCAGUGGAGACUAUGCCCAAAAGUCAUCUUGGCCCUUAUUAUGCAGCCCACUGGAGACUGUAGUGCUAUAAACAUGUUUUGGUAGUUAUUCUGCAGUUCCAGUUUGUUUUGCAAAUGCAUAUAGGCCUGUGAUAUAUAUUUCUCACCAUUUUUAUCAUUUUUCCUUGAAGAGUUAUCAUGAUAUGUUCAUCUCGUACAGAGAUUUUUACCUCUUUCUGGCUGGGUCAUAUGUCUCAGUCAUACAAAGUAGUUAAACUCACAACUUUUUUCUGGCCAUGCUUUGUAAAAAUGAACUUUCAAACCUAGUCUUUAUCAGUUUGAUAUCUGAAGAAAGCCAAAGAUGAUAGAUGUAAAAUGGAUGAAAAUAAUAGAAUCAUAGAAUAACUCAGGUUGGAAGGGACCUAAGGAGGUCUGUAGUCCAACCUCCUGCUCAAAGCAGCAUCAGCUAUGAGAUCAAGCCAGGUUACUCAGAGCUUUACCCUGUCAGGUCUUGAAAACCUCCAAGGACGGAGACUGCACAACCUCUCUUGGCAGGGAGGCUUCCAAUCCUACAGUUAGAAAACGAAUAGCCAAAGCCAAGGCAUCAGUGCACCGAUUAGAGGUGAGUUGCCGUUCUCAUCUCCUUGGAAGGAACACUUCAUCCUCCUUCACGCUGGCUUUUUGAAGCAAAUCCAAGUUGGUUCCGGCUGACCCCGUUGCGCUCAUCUUCACGCCUGAGAAAACAGCAGCUAACUUCAGCCUGGAAACACAAACAUCUCUUCGCCUCUUGAUGCUGGUAAAAGUAGUACAGAAAGGUGGCUGGCAUUUUUACAAGGAUGGUUGUGUCCAAUUCAGAUCCUGUUCUCCUAAUAUAUAAAAAUGAUGUGGGAAACGACUUACUUAGGAAAGCUCUGUGAAUUUAUCAAGUACUUUGAACAGUUUUGCCCAAGUCUUGGUGGUUUGGAUAGAGUAAAUCAAUGAACAUUCCUAAUUUUAACUGAAUGUCUUCUGGUGUACUUCUCUCACCUAUGAAAUCCUGUUAAAUACUUUAUUAUCAGGAAGGAUUUUCUCGGUUUUAGUAACUGGUGACAAAGGGAGGCAACAUUUUCUGACCUAAUUUUAGGGAAUGAUCUCUUAAAAGAUUAGGUUUGCUUUAUUUUGUGUAAUUCUUUUGAGUCUGAGAAAGCAAAUAUCCCAUUAUCUGGUCACUGUUUCCCACUACACUAUAUUCUAUAACACUGUACUAUUUGACUUUUAAGAAUCAUUUUAUCUUCUAAUUGUUUUCACUUAGGUGAAACAUAUUUAUUAUGAGAUCAAGCUAGUUUUACUACCAAGUCAUGACUUAAUCUAAAUUUAAUGUCUGAAAAUUACCUCUUCUCAUUCAACGUGAAGGAAUUAAGUGGGAAAAGGAGUCUCAUGAUGUGAAACAUCAUGCUAGCUUGCUGUGUCCCUAGGCCACCAUUUCCUUUGUCAAGCUGUGCAAAGGGACAAAUGUAGAAAAUUUGUAUACGGGACUUCACCCUAGUUCCAAACUGAAAGCAGGAUCUUUUCCAAAGCUCUUCUUCAAAGCAAGCAAAGGAAGAGUUAAGGUUUAGUUGAUUUUUAGUGUUUGUCUUGUAGACUUCACAGUUUAUUUCCAAAGUAUUUUUAUAUUUCUUCUUUUACAUUUGGGCCUCCUCUCAACAGGAACAUUUCAGGGGGGAAAAAAAAAAAAAAAAAAAGAAAAAAAAUUCCUCACACUCCUGAGCUUCACAUUGUGCCAGCAAUCGUUAACGCUGAAUAAGGAAGAGCAGCUGGCAUUAAACCUGUCCUGUCCGCACCUUCUACGAGCAGUGUCACCAAAAUGUUAAGAUGCUGUUGAUGACAGGACAGUGGCAAAAGAUCUGUCAUUUACUAGGCCCAAAUUUAAGAAAGAAAUUAAGCUAAAUAAAGAAGCCUGUGCCCAAGGCAUGAAACGAAGAGAUGUCUAGAUGUAAACCCCAUGGAUUUUAAAAGGUA